AGUCACACUCGCACUCUCUGUAACUGCGCCGUCUGCCUAUAUAUUCUUUCUCUCUUCUUGCGCCGAUUAGGGUUUGGGGGUCGCUAGAUCUUCUUCUUCUCUUGGAGUCCUUCCAAUUCUCAGAUCCUUGUGAUGUCUGGGGAAAAUGGCAAUGGAGCCGUGGAGGAUCUGCCCCCUCCUCCACCUGUUCCUGUGGAUUUCACCCCUGCUAAAGUUGAACCCGAACCAGUGAAGAAAAAGUCAAACCGUCUCCCCAUGGCUCGACGUGGAUUUGGCAGCAAGGGUCAGCGAAUUCCUAUCCUCACCAACCACUUCAAAGUGAACUUGGCCAAAGUCGAGGGGGAGUUUUACCAGUACAGUGUUGCUCUGUUUUAUGAGGAUGGUAGCCCUGUUGAUGGAAAGGGCAUAGGUAGGAAAGUUCUUGACAGAGUGCAUGAAACUUAUGAUACUGAGUUGGCUGGAAGGCACUUUGCCUAUGAUGGUGAGAAGAGCUUGUUCACUGUUGGUGCUCUUCCUAGAAACAAGCUUGAAUUCACUGUUGUUCUUGAGGAAGUGACUUCUAACAGGAACAAUGGUAAUCGCAGUCCUGAAGAACCAAAUGACAGUGACAGGAAGAGGAUGAGGCGUCCUUACCAUUCAAAGACGUACAAGGUUGAGAUCAGCUAUGCUACCAAGAUCCCAAUGCAGGCAAUUGCAAAUGCCUUGCGCGGUCAAGAGUCAGAGAACUCCCAGGAAGCUCUUAGGGUUUUGGAUAUCAUCCUGAGACAACAUGCUGCCAAACAGGGGUGCUUGCUGGUCCGGCAGUCAUUCUUCCAUAAUGACCCAAAGAACUUUGCUGAUGUUGGAGGCGGUGUUCUUGGAUGCAGAGGGUUCCAUUCCAGUUUUCGGACUGUACAAGAUGGCUUGUCUCUGAACAUUGAUGUGUCCACUACUAUGAUAAUUCAACCUGGUCCUGUGGUGGAUUUCCUGAUUGCCAAUCAAAAUGCAAAGGACCCAUUUAGCCUUGAUUGGGCAAAGGCUAAGAGAACAUUGAAAAAUUUGAGAGUGAAGACCAGUCCCACAAAUCAAGAGUAUAAAAUAACUGGGUUGAGUGAAAAAAGUUGCAGGGAGCAGUUAUUUUCUCUGAAGCAAAAGAGCAAGGACAAUGAUGGUGGUGACCAGACGGUUGAAGUGACUGUUUAUGACUACUUCGUCAAUCAUAGAAACAUAGAUCUCCGUUAUUCUGCUGAGCUACCAUGUAUCAACGUUGGAAAGCCUAAGCGGCCUACAUUCUUCCCUAUUGAGCUGUGUACUUUGGUGUCAUUGCAACGUUACACAAAAGCAUUGAAUACCUUCCAAAGGUCUUCACUUGUGGAGAAAUCAAGGCAGAAGCCUCAGGAGAGGAUGCAAGUUUUAAGCAAUGCACUGAAAAUAAACAAUUAUGAUGCGGAGCCACUCCUUCGAUCAUGCGGUGUAUCGAUUGGCAGUAACUUCACCCAGAUUGAGGGACGUGUUCUGCCUUCCCCAAAGCUCAAAGUUGGCAAUGGGGAGGAUUUCUUCCCAAGGAAUGGAAGGUGGAAUUUUAACAACAAGAGACUUGUUGAUCCGUGUAAGAUUGAGCGUUGGGCUGUGGUUAAUUUCUCUGCACGAUGUGAUGUUCGGGGACUUAUCAGCAACUUGAUCAAGUGUGGAGAAAUGAAAGGAAUUAUUGUCGAACCCCCAUUCGAUGUGUUUGAAGAAAAUGGCCAGUUCAGAAGGGUUCCACCAGUGGUCCGAGUGGAAAAAAUGUUUGAAUCUGUGCAAUCCAAGCUCCCUGGGGCACCCAAGUUUCUGCUUUGCAUUCUCCCAGAGAGAAAGAACUGUGAUGUAUAUGGGCCAUGGAAAAGGAAGAAUCUAGCUGAGUAUGGUAUAGUUACGCAGUGCAUUGCACCCACCAGAGUGAAUGAUCAGUACAUCACAAACGUUCUUCUGAAGAUCAAUGCAAAGCUUGGGGGCUUAAAUUCAAUGCUACUCUCUGAGGUUAAUCCUUCUAUCCCUGCUGUGUCUAAAGUUCCUACAAUUAUUAUCGGAAUGGAUGUGUCGCACGGCUCCCCUGGUCAGACUGAUAUCCCAUCAAUUGCCGCGGUUGUUAGCUCCAGACAGUGGCCCUCCAUUUCACGUUAUCGAGCUUCGGUUCGUACCCAGUCAGCGAAGGUUGAAAUGAUUGAUAACUUGUUCAAACCCGUUGGCACUGAAGAUGAGGGGAUUAUGAGGGAGCUUCUGCUGGACUUUUAUGUCAGUUCUGGGAAAAGAAAGCCUGAUCAGAUUAUAAUUUUCAGGGAUGGUGUGAGUGAAUCCCAGUUCAGCCAAGUAUUGAACAUUGAGCUUGACCAGAUCAUGGAGGCUUGCAAAUUUCUUGAUGACAAAUGGUGUCCCAAGUUUACCCUUAUCAUUGCUCAGAAGAAUCACCACACCAAGUUCUUUCAGCCAGGAGCUCCUGAAAAUGUUCCACCAGGGACAAUUAUUGACAACAAGGUUUGCCAUCCUAGGAACAAUGACUUCUACUUGUGUGCCCAUGCUGGAAUGAUUGGAACCACACGUCCCACACAUUACCAUGUCCUUAUGGAUGACGUCGGUUUCUCUCCCGAUGAGCUUCAAGAACUUGUCCACAGCUUAUCUUAUGUGUACCAAAGAAGCACAACUGCAAUCUCAAUUGUUGCUCCAAUCUGCUAUGCCCAUCUGGCUGCAACUCAGCUGGGACAAUGGAUGAAGUUCGGGGACUCAUCUGACACUUCGUCCCGGGAUGGUGGUGGCAAAGCCGCAGCCCCGGUCCCGCAGCUGCCGAAGCUGGAGGACAAGGUCUCCAGUUCCAUGUUCUUCUGCUGAGGUGGCAGUGGAUUAUCUGUAUGUGUAUAUAGUACCAGUAGACCAUGCUUUUCUCCUGCUGAAGGAGGAUGUUCUUCUGAUGAUCUUUUUAGGAUGUAAUGUUUUUUUCUUUUGGGUUUUCUGUUUUUUUUUUUGGGUGUUUUUGGUUUGUGCUUUCUCUCCCAUGGCAACAAACUGUUUUGGGACAACUUUUGCUUUUGUUGCAUGUGGGAGAGGAAAAGGAUCUGAUAUGAUAUGAUGACUCUUAUCUACUCUUUGGCCAAAUUCAGACUUUGUGGUGGCAGAAUUUACAUAUUUAACCCCACUCUUUAGCUGCUUAUUCUGCUGCCUGUUUUUGGGCCAAAUAAUGGUUUCACUCUAGGUUUUUACUCUUUUCAACUCUUCCCAAUUUUUUAAAUUACAGAGUUAAUUAUCUCUAUUUUACAGUUUUCUUAAUGGCUUGUUUUCAAUGCGAAUCAGUAUGUGCUUUCUGCUGCUCUUAAAUCAACCUUUUCAUCUUUU